AUGACUGCUGCCUACAUCAAAAACCGGUGUUUUAAUACGAGACUAGGCAAAACUCCAUACAAGACUCUAAUUGGAAAGAGGCCAGACUUGAGUAAUAAGCACAUUUUGGGCUCAACUUGCUACGCAUAUGUUCAGAACGCAAACAAGUUAGAAGCGCGAAGUAAGGAGGGGCUUUUUGUAGGCUACGACAAAGAAAGUCUGGCAUAUCUUGUUUAUUACCCCGAAGCAAACAAAGUAGAGAGGGUGAAAUGUGUAAAAUUUCUAGAACAAAAUGUUUGCGUGCCCAAAAUAGAAGAUGACGAGAUUGUGUUACCAAACCCAUUGACAACUGUCGACAGUGAUGUAAGUCAUGAACAAACAACUGAACACAGAGACUUGAAUGAGAAUGAAGACAGUGGGGAAGACAGUCGUUACCCCAAACAAAUUCGCAACAAACCUAAGCACCUUGACGAAUAUGCUUUGGACAGUGACUUGGAGGAUGAUGUAAACUACACUGUGGAUUACUGUUACCGAGUUGCGAAUAUACCAACGACUUAA